UCUCACCUUGCUCUGGACAUUUUCUUCACAUUAUCCUACCCUGGUUCAAGCUAUCUAAAGACUCGGGGAAUACCUGCGUAAUCUGUGAUUAUCAUUGCUAUCUAUCUACGACGCCUUCGCUCCCUACAAUCUUCGAAUCUCGCCGUACUGACCGACUUCAACGAGCGGUCCGCCUCGCCGGACCUGCUCGCGAUUGACGCCUGCUGCCAGCUGGUUGUAGACUCGACACGACCUUCGUUCGACGUGACGUACCUGAUUCUAUAGGAAAGCAGCCAUCAGCAUCGAUUGCUCUUCCUAGGACUCGCCGUUGACCUCCGAAUCAGCCUUCACCGCCUUUGCGCAUACCCUUCUAUUCGCCUGUACAUAUCGCUAUAAAGAAACAUGUCGCCAAAUCCGCAGCUGGCGCCGGCCGGCAGCAGCACAUACAACUCGGACACAAUGUAUGUUGGGGAUGGAACGUGGGAUUCGUCAAGAAAUACUUUCCUGUUGCCCAACCUCGUAGGGCUAAACUUUGCGACGAUGCGCUAUAAUGGUAUGGGAAAUCGCUUUCUGGACAUGCCGGGAUAUCAUAGCAUUAUAAAAGGUCAUGGCAUUGUCGCUGCCAUUACUUUUCUCGGGGUCGUGCCCGCUGCUAUAAUGAUCGCUGCAUUCUACCACAGAAACGCCCGAAUGGCUCUUCGAUAUCACAUCUGGCUCCAGAUACUGACGGUACUGCUAUCUACUGUAGUUUUCGUACUAGGUUGGUUCGCCGUGGGCCAAGCAAGAAGUCUUACAAAUCCCCACCAUGGCAUAGGAUUGACUCUCUACAUCUUCAUCCUUUUACAAGCUACUUUCGGCGCAUGGACUCAUCACCGAGAAAAAGGAAAGGACCGGAUCCGCAUACCGUUCAAGCUAUUCCUUCAUCAGUGGGUUGGUAGAGCCAUCGCCCUUCUCGGCUUCACACAGGUCGCACUUGGCCUAACCCUUUACGGAUCACCAGAAGUUCUAUUUAUCCUGUUUGCCUUGUGGGGGUUCUUCCUUCUAGUCCUCUACAUUGGUCUGAGUUUCCACUAUCGGCCAUCAACCGGAUAUUACGACAAGGGCAGUAGUAUCUACAGUGAGGGCGUAACUGAGAUAACAGAGGAGAGGAGAAGCCGCCGGGGAGGGCAUGGACUGGGUGCAUUAGCCGCUGCAGGAGGAGCGGGCGCAGCGUUGGCAGCACUGAGAAGACGCUCGCAAAGUCGACAUAGGUCAAGAGAGAGACGGGAGGUCAUCAGUUCUCGUCAUAGCUCACGAUCCCCGCGGCGCUCCGAGUCAGUUGGUCGUGAAAAGUACCAUGAGCACGAGAAAAAGAAUCACACGUGGAGAAACCGACUUCUCGGUGCAGGCGCUGGUCUUGGUGCUAUAGCUGCUUUUAGGGGGCUGUUCAACCGAAGGAAACCCCAGGAGGUUGAAAGUGACGUGUCGAGUUAUCGUCCACCUCGUGCUGGCGCUUCAGAGAUGACCCAGACAGACAUAAGCAGAGUAGAAGAAGGCCUAGCGCCAGCAUCGCCAGCCAACGAUCGACUGCGGCCCCAUGGUCGACGACCAUCUGUUGGACCGGCAGCAGCAGCAGCGGCGGCGGCGGCGACAGCAGGUGCGAGUGCGGCAUCAUACGGAAGUCCUUCGAGAAGAGCAUCACUGAGAAGGCGGAGUGGGAACUCGAUCGACUCAUACUCGAGCUUUAGCGACGAACGAGAUGAAGAUGACCAUGAUUAUCAUCGCCGUGAUUUUGGUAUCAAAGAAGGACUUGCCGUGCUCGGCUUUGCAGGAUUCUUGAAACACAAGUUAGGCCAAAGACGACGUAAAAAGGAAGACGCACGGGUAGAGGCAAUUCGUGCACAGGAGAUUGAAAAGGAGAGAAUGGCACGAACGAACAGUCAACGAAGGCACUACACUGGAGACGGGACUCCCGGACCACGACGAGGCGGACGCACUGGUUCUUUCACUGAUGACGAUACCGACAUCACUGGUAGCACUCCAGCACUCUCACGACAUCACCCACCACGACCUGCCCAGAGUUCAGUCGCACCUCCAUUGCAUAGUGCUGAUGUCACCAGUGUGUCGAGUAUAGCUCCAGUGCCAGCUCCGCCCCAGUCUCAAGGCAUUCCGCCUCCGGGCUUUGAGUCUGGGUCCGAGGAGUAUUUCUCUGCAGGAGGUCGACCGCAUCGACGGCACCAUCAAGCAGCCAGCUCAUCUGCGCCACCUCCAGCAGGUGCAUCAUCAUCGCGUAGAGAUGGCAGCGGCCAGCGCAGUAAUGCCGACAACAGCAUGAACUCGCCUCCCGUGUCUGUCAAAGUCAAGAUGCACGAAGACGGACGUCAUGUCACAUUAAGAAGGCUGAAUGAGGAGGAAGCUCGAGCAGAGCGUGAACACCGGCGAAAGGAGAGACAGCAGCGUGGUAAUCGCGGCGGCAGUGUCAGCUCGUUCAGCAACGUGGACGACGAGCGAUGGCGUAGAGUGGCAGCAACUGAAGCAGCACAAGCACAACAACAACAGCAGCAGAUGGGCUCGUCGAGCAAUGCUCCUGCGGUUGCGUUACCGUAUCCAUUGCCAGGCCCACCUCCUGGACCGCCACCACUUGGAGCACCGCAUCCUGCAGCUGCAACGACGGACCAUGCAAGCCUUGCUCCGCCUCCAACCAUUCCUGCAGCCGGAGAGAGUGCGAUGGGUAGCAGUCCACCUGGCACAGGAACGGAGAUGAGUCGCGCAAGUAACUACGAGGACAAUCGGAGGAGACGACGCGCUGAACGUGCACGGCAGCGGGCAGAGCGCGGAGGUAGUCGCGUGGAAUUCACAUAAUGACGAGCCGUCGCGCAUGCUUUCGGCACAUGAACAUCUAUCUGGGCGGAGCGAUUUGGAGUUUAGUGUGUGUACUGUACAGCGAUGCAUGGAAUGGCGUUCUAAUACCCGAUGAUGCUUGGGGGCCCAUGUAGACCAAAAAAAUUUCUUGUGAUGAGAUUUUGAGACGAGAGUGGACACUGUGGAGAGGUAGGAUGUGGAUACAGUAGCAUGAGACAGACGCUAGGGUAUAGAUGCCGUUGAUGGGUAAAAACUGGAAACGUGUUUUGAUGUUUCAAGAUGGUUUCCCGGAAUAGUACUGUAUGUGAAGAAUCGUGGAUAUGCUCGGACGAGGGUCCGCCGAGGAGGCCUACCAAGGUCGCAGGAGGGCAAUGUCGCAAUGUCGCAAUGUCGUACACAGUCCAUGUAUCUAUGCCUGAGCGCGACUCGUGUGCUUGAUGAAGAUAUACAUAUAUUUAUAUAUACACAGUCCG